GGCUUUUUUAUUGGCAUCCUCAUUUCCACCCUUCUGUUGAGGACAUACAUAUUCUGCAUGAACAAAAACAGCCAAGUAAAAUACAAUAAAAAUGAUCAUACAUCCUCGCCAUUUUUCCGCCAUCUUGCGUGAUAAUCUCGUGACUCCAUCCAGUUACGUAUAGAGAUCAUCAUAACAAGAUGGUGGUCAUCGAAGGUAAAAUCGCACUUCUCACGUUUCUUUUGUACGUCUUCCUCGUACUUUAUGUAUUUUUGGGGGAGAAUAUUGUUCAUCUUCAAUGGAUGGUAUCGUUUAAAUUCCCUCUGGCUUUAUCUCUGACAUUAAUUGGUGUUUUUCUUCCAUAUUCUCAAGUGACAAGACGAGCAGCUUUGUUAGGUUGUUUAUUUGGCGUUGGUAUUUUGUUAAAUAUGAAUUCAACGUACGAUUCUUGGUCUUGCCUCGGAUGGUACUUAUGUUCAUUGUCAUUCUUUCAUUUCUCGGAGUACAUAAUGAUGGCACUGUAUAAUGAAAAUAAACUUUCCAUUGACUCAUUUUUAUUAAAUCAUAGUUUUGAGUACAAGAUGGCUGCCGUAGCCAGUUGGCUGGAAUUUAUUGAAUACUAUACAUUUCCAUUCUUAAAAUCUCAAUUUACUAUCAGUUUUCUGGGUCUUAUCUUAGUUGUGUUCGGUGAACUGUUGCGCAAGAUUGCCAUGGUUACAGCGAAAACAAAUUUCACUCAUUUAAUUCAAUACAAAAAACGUGAUCAACACAUUUUGGUCACGUGGGGUGUAUAUGGUUUGUGUCGUCAUCCUGGAUAUGUUGGUUGGUUCUUCUGGAGUAUUGGGACACAGAUAAUCCUUUGUAAUCCACUAUGUGUCCUAGCCUAUACCUUGGCAUCUUGGCAGUUUUUCAAGGAACGCGUUGAAGAUGAAGAGUUGUCAUUGAUUGAAUUCUUUGGUGAUGAUUACCGCCUUUACCAGAAGAAAGUUUCAACAGGAUUACCAUUUAUUUACGGUUAUAAAGAUGACAAAUCAUAAAGAGCUUGAAGAGGAUUGAAAUUAGUUUAUGAUCGUUGUUUCCUCUGUAAAAAACUUCUAAUUUUUCAUUUACCUUCAAUCAUAAAAAAACAGUCAUGCGAAGAAAGCACAAA